AUGACGUCCAUGAUGCUAGACAUGAUGAAGAGGCGGAUGCUUCGGGGCAUGCAACUAUUUAAUCAUCACUGUGCCUCUGCCAUUGCUGCAUCUCAUCAUCAUCACCAUCACAAUCUCAUCCACAAUCAAAACUUAUACAAACUCAAAAUGGAAAAGGCAAAGCAAGCCGUCUCUAGCUUCCUCUCCAACGAUGGAAAGCACAAGACCACCGUCGACGAGGAUGUCCGGCCUCAUGUCACCGAGGAGCAUAUUCGUCCUCACCGACACGAGAACAUAACCACUGCCCUCGACAAGGAGGUUCACCAGGAGCACCAUCAUACAACUAUUCAGCCCAUCACGCACAAGGAGACUCUCCCCGAACAACAUCACCACAACCUCAUCCCCGUCGAGCACAAGACUUUCCACCAUGGCAACGAGCAAGAGACCCGUGCCACUCUUGACCGCGAAGCUGCCAAGUUCAGGGAUACCACCGAGACUCACAGCACCACUCACUCUUCCACAACCGCUCCUGUUGUAACUGGCGAGCGCAUCCACCACCAUGUUCACGAACACGUCCAACCAGUAAUUCAAAAGGAGACCAUUCAGCCUCACGUCGUCCACACAACCAUCCCCGUCCAUGAGACUCACCAUGCUGCCCCCGUGCACCAUGGAACCUCCGUCCUUCCCACCAAGACCCUGGAUGAAUUCACCAGUGAACGAGGUGGACUUGCGGAGAAGGCUGCUCAGAAGCUGACCGAGUUUGAGGGUUGCCCCAAGCCGUACAGGAAAGAAUUGCAGAGGGAGCAGCUCGAUGCUGACAAGAGCAUGCAUUUGCACGGCCACGGCGACAACUAUGGAGAGAAUGUUACCCACGACCGGGAGGGUGCUGGCCUUGGUCAGACCUCUGAGGGAGCUGGUCUUCACUCUGGCCGUGAAGGUCACGGAAUGGGCCGUACCACCGAGGGCAUCCUUGGUGGUGCUGCUGCUACUCGCAAGAGCCGCCACGGUCUUGGCCACAAGGACCGCCGUGGCUCCAGCUCCAGCUCUUCCAGCUCCAGUGACGAGGAGUCUCAUGGCCUUGGCAAGUCUCGCAAGAACCGUGGCCUUGGAGCUGCUACUGCUGGAGGUGCCGCUGGUGGCCUUGCUUCUCAUCCCAAGAAUACUGACACCACCACUGGUAAUGUUGAAGGCAGAGGCCUCGAGGGCAACCGAGGCAUUGGCUCGACCACUGGUGUCGGUGCUGGCACUGCAGGCGUUGGUGCUGGCACCGACUACGACCAGGCCAAAACUGGUGUUCUCAGCAACGACCCCUUGAACAAGACUCAUGCUCGACCUGACUCUGGUGUCGACAUGCAUACCGCCUCCAGCGGUUCCACCACCGCACGCAAGCCUUCGCUGAUUGAUCGAUUGAACCCUCUCAAGGACGCUGAUGGUGAUGGCAAGAAGGGCUUCAUGGGCUAG